UCCAUAAACAGUUACAGUGCGAGUUACUGUCCAUAGACAGUGUAUUUCUGAAAGGAGAACAGUUACAAUGUAAUUUAAUGCCUGUAGUGUCAUAGUUGGGUGCAAAUUAGUAUGUCUAACAAAUGUUUUCCUGGUGUCUAUCACAAGUGUGUGUGUGUGUGUGUGUGUGUGUGUGUGUGUUGUUUUUGUGCAGUGACACAAUGACAGGGAGAAGCCAACAGGCUGCAUUUCAGCCGGCAGCAACGACACAACCUUCCAACGGAGGCCACGUGUACACGUUUGGAAACGGCCUCGUGUCAGAAAAUGAGUUUUCUGAGGAGGAUGGAGAAUCCUAUGAGCUUCGUCCCAGGGGCAGGGAGAGACUGAAGAGGAGCGCUUCCAGGGACAGGAUGGAUGACAUUGUGUAUCUGGUGCGGGAUAUCAAGGAGGGAGACACCUUAAACGCUAUUUCUCUGCAGUACUUCUGCUCGGUGGCAGAUAUCAAAAGGGCCAACAACCUUCUGACUGAGCAGGACUUCUUUGCGCUGAGAACCAUCAAGAUCCCAGUGAAGAAGUUCAGCAUCCUGAGAGAGAUUCAUGGCACAGCCGUGCUGAAGCCAGGUGUUUCCGCUGGAGAGCGGCUGCUUUUUGGUGGGCUUGGGCCUGACGCCGGAGCAGAAACAUCCUCCUCAUCCUCCACAGAGAGUGUGGGUAGCUUCCUACAGGAGAAGGACAGGGACAUAGAGCAACUUGUCAAGUUCACGGAUCCAGCAAGGGGAAGCCUUAAUGAGGUUGUCUCAUCCCUUAACCCACAGCGGGCUUCAGUGGACCCCGAUCGUCGGCCAACCCCCCGAAAGGACCCUUAUUACGGGGCUGACUGGGGUCUGAGGUGGUGGAUGGCAGUGGGUAUCAUGCUUGUGGUUGGUAUAAUCACCCCUGUGUUCUACCUGCUUUAUUAUGAGGUGCUUAUGAAGGGUGACGUUAGCCACCACGCCUCCACAGAGACCCAGCGUCCACAGCCCACAUAGCCUGCUGGGUUGAAGGCAAGGAAGCACCCUGUGAGAACUGAAGCUUGCCCAUACUUUGCCCCUUCCUCCAUGAGGACCACACAUUGUGAACUAUAGAGAUUUUGAAGCAUUUAAGUGCAAUCAUGACUUUGUAGACUAGAUAAUCUUUUUAGAAUAUCUUUGACAAAAUUGAUCUCAGCUUCUAGAGACACAAGUGGGACAUUGUGGAAGUCUAUUUCAUCCUUUACCUACACUUCUGUGGAAGGAGAUUUUUUGGUCAUUCCCCCCC